UUCUGUCAACCUGCCACAAAGCUGACAGGGAAUAAUUCAAAAAUAAACCGCAAAAGCAUGCAAAACAGUGAAUUUGGAGAAAUAUGUUCAGGAUACCAAAUUUUGCACUAAACGUCAGAGUUCUAUUGCACCGUUGCCACCCGAUCGAGACCCAAGUAGCGAGCGUGAGCCGCUUCCCGCCCCUCUGCAAGAAGUACAGCCCCGCGGAGCGCCCCACCUGCCCCAAGCCGCCCCCGCCGCCCCCUCCUCCGCCCAAAGAUGAGCGUCUCCUCUGGGGAACUAUCGCGUUGUUUGUUCUCGCUGGCGGCUUUGCUGUUUAUGCCAAGGAAUCUCCGGAAGUACGCGACUGGCUUUCGAUGAACGCGCCGUGGUUUGACGACUUCAUAGCGAUAUUGUACCAGGAGAACAUGACUUUCAAGGAGUUUGCGUUGAAGUGCAUCCAUGAUAUUACGAAAUACGGUCGUGAGGAAGACGACAACAGGCCGAAGGAGUGCAACCUGGAAGGGCGGCAAAUACCAUUGGAACAAAAACCCUCAGGACCAGAAGAUGGUGCCAUCUGCGACAUAAUCCCUCAGCCUGGCAGUGUGGACAUUUGUGAAAUCGAGAGGUGCUUCACAGAGUUCUGUGAAGUUGUUGUCAAUAACUAUAUCACAGCGCGGGACGCGUGCGCGUUUUAUAAUAAGGAAGUACAGGAAACGAUGUCUGACUUCACCAUAGACACGGUAAACCAGCUUCACGAAACGAAAGACGAGCGGAUCGAACUAGUACAGACGUCUCUUGAUAACAUCGCCGAAGCUAAUACGAAAUUAGAUCAACUGUAUCAUUACUUCGAAUGCAGCGUGAAGGCUCCGCCAGAGGAGUUGGAGAAAACUAAAGUCCUCAUGCAGGAUUGCAGAGACAAGAUCAAGCUUAUAGACGCCGAGUUCAAGUGGAUGAAUGACAAGAGCUUGUCUCUGGACGACUUGUUUACCAUGGUUGAAGAUUUUGUAUUUAUGUACAUAGACGAGAUAGCCACCCUCAUUCCGGGGGUGGACCUGAAGUCAAAGUACCCGGGCACGAAGAUGUCAGGGGAUCCGGACUUAAUGCUGUACCAUACCUUUAGAUAUUUGCAACAACUUGAGAUCGAUUUGGCGGACGGGAAUGAACUGAUGGAGAUGAGAGUGGACAGAGGAAUUGAAUCCAUGACAGUUCUUCCGCCAAAAGAACAUAAAGCGAGAGAGAAUAUGAUAAAUUACCAAAUAGCCACUAGGAGGAAGCAAAUGGCUGCGGAGUUUGCAAAACGGUUGGUUGACCAAAAAGCGGCCAACGACAAAGCCCUCAAAGAAGCCCUAAAGAGUACAAAGGAAAAGUUGGAAGAGUCCUUGAAACUGAAACUGGCACAGAAGGAAAAAGAGGCUCAAGCCAAAGUCGACAAGAUGAUAGCUGAGAAGGUCGCAGCAGAGCUGAAACUAUUCGCCAUUGAACUUGACGAAAUGAGGUUCAAAUUGAAAAUGGUUGAGGAUAAACUGGAAGAGCGACUGAAAGCGGAGCGUGAGACGAGACGCUCCCAGGAGCUGUACAUGGCUGGCGCGGCGCUGUUGGCGGCCACAAAGAAAGGUGACGCUGUCGUUAGAGUCGACAAAGAGCUCCGAGCCAUAGAGAAGGCUUCUGGUGACGGAGAUAAAUUGAUGCAGACUGUACUAAAAGCGAUACCGCGAACUGUCAGAGAGCAAGGGAUCGUCCCAGAGAGCAUUUUAAAGGAGAGAUACAAACAAAUGGAGACGGUCGCCAUGCGGGUGGCGCUAGUGGAGGCGGACGGGGCGCCUUUGCCGGUUUACAUUCUGUCCUUCGUGCAAUCCUUGUUUCUUUUUAUGAAGUUACCUGGAAUACCUCGAGCAGAGAUUGAAGCGCCUCCGCAAGAGCCUUCUAAAGAUUUAGAUACCUUCGAUUUAUUACAAAGAGCUAGGUUUUGGGUGGAAACCGGACACUUGGCAAUAGCGCUGCGCUACGUGAACUCUCUGGAAGGCGCGUCCCGCGCCGCGGCCGCGUGGUGGUACGAGGCGGCGCGCGACCACCUCGAGACGAGGCAGGCGGCCGAGGCGAUCCUCGCCCACGCCGCUGCUUUGGGUCUCCAGUACAUUUGAUUUAUUGAACAAAACAAACUAAAGAAACCAUGGACCAAAAUCUUGUUACGUUUAUUGUAGUCGACUAAAGUGAUUGUACAUAUUUCAUUACUGGAUCCAUUCGUCUGGGAAAUUCGGUAAAUUGUGUGAAAAUUUCUGCGGUAACCUCAAGAUUAAAGAAAGAAAAAUUUUAA